AUGGCAACUAUAAGACCACUUGCAAAUGUUUAUAGUAUCAGUGGGAAGAAGGUAGUUGGGGAAGUUGAAAUUCCUGUUGUUUUUCAAACCCCAAUAAGGAACGAUUUAAUAGAAUAUAUUUUUAGCAAUAUGUCAAAAAAUACAAGGCAUCCAUAUGCUGUGAAAUUAGGUGCAGGAUAUGAAACAUCAGCAGAAUCAUGGGGUACAGGAAGAGCAGUAGCUAGAAUUCCAAGAGUUCCAGGAGGAGGUACACAUCGAGCUGGUCAGGCUGCUUUUGGUAAUAUGUGUAGAGGUGGUGGUAUGUUUAAUCCUACAAAAAUAUGGAGAAGAUGGGGAAGAAAAAUAAAUUUAAAAGAAAAAAGAUAUGCUGUUUGCUCUUCUAUUGCUGCUAGUGGUAUUACUUCAUUAGUUUUGGCAAGGGGUCAUAGAAUAUCAAAUUUAAAAGAGGUUCCUUUAGUUGCUAGUAAUGAUAUCGAAAGUUUGCAAAAAACAAAAGAUGCUCUUAAAUUUUUAAUAAGCUUAGGAUUAAGAGAUGAAGUUAAUAGAUUAAUUAAAUCUAAAAAAAUUAGAGCGGGAAAAGGAAAAAUGAGAAAUAGAAAAUAUAAAAUAAGUAAUGGACCACUUAUUAUUUAUAGCAAAGAUUCAGGAAUUAAAAAAGCUUUUAGAAAUAUUCCAGGUGUAGAUUUAUGUAAUGUUGAAAAAUUAAGUUUAUUAAAAUUAGCUCCAGGUGGUUCUAUUGGUAGAUUAUGUAUAUGGAGUGAAGAUGCAUUUAAAAAAUUAGAUGUUAUUUAUGGAAAAACUUUCCAAAAAUAUGUUACUAAGAAACAUUAUAUAUUACCUAAACCAAUUGUUAAUAAUGCUGAUAUAUACAGAAUAAUUAAUAGUGAUCAAGUUCAAGCUAGCUUAUUAGAUAAAAAGAACCCAUGCAAAAAGAGAACCCAAAACAAAAACUCAUUAACAAAUUUUGCUGUUAGAUGCAGACUUAACCCAGCAUAUAAAUUGUUAAGAUCAUUAGCAGUUCGAAGAAUGAAGAAAAGCAUUUCUGAAAAUGCAAAAGAUAAAAAAGAAAAGAAAACUAAAAAAAAUAUAGAAAAGAAAAAAUUACAAAAAUUGAACAAUGCAUACUAUAAUGGAAUUGCAACAUCUGUAAAAAGAAAAAAAAAUAAAGAAGAAAAAAAAGCAAAAUCUAAGAAAGAUGAAAAUAAAGCCCUUACAACAAAUACUGGUGAUGAAUAA